UUCCUCCCGAGGCCAACCGGAUCCCCGAAUCGCACCACUCUCAGCUGCCGCAUAGAGUCUCUGUAGUUCUUCCUCUCGAAGAGGAAGAGUCGAGGAGACCUCGCCCACAAGCCAGUCUCGGCUUCACACCCUUCAAACCUCCUUAAUACGCCCCGGCGCCCCCAGACAAACCAACCUACACUUAUAGCUUAUUCCUCCGGACUCAACAUCCAGGGAAUGGCACCUUCCGCUAUCACGCCAACUGAGGAAUAUAAGUUUACCUACCAAGAUUACAAGUCAGUCGAACCGAAUCUUGGUACGACCGACAACCAUGGCGCCGCGCUGUCCAAACAACUGAAAGGGGAGGCUUUGAAGAGCCGUGUUGAGGCUGUUGACCCGGAUACCUGCGAUGUUGGCGACGAGGAUGCCUUCUUCGUUGCUGACCUGGGCGAGGUCUACCGCCAGCACCUUCGCUGGAAGAAGAACUUGGGUCGUGUCAAGCCGCAUUACGCGGUCAAGUGCAACCCCGACCCCCAAGUCCUUCGCCUGCUGUCGGAACUAGGCACAGGCUUCGACUGCGCUUCCAAGAAUGAGAUCGAGACGGUCUUGAAGAUGGGAGUUGAUCCCGCUCGCAUCAUCUACGCCCAGCCGUGCAAGACCAAGGGCUACCUCCGCUACGCUACCAAUGCCGGAGUCAAGCAGAUGACCUUUGACAAUGCGGACGAGCUGUACAAGACCAAGCAGAUCGCUCCCGAUGCUGAGCUCUACCUCCGCAUCCUGACCGAUGACUCUGCCAGCCUGUGCCGUCUCAGCCAAAAGUUCGGCGCCUGUGUCGACACCACGGGCGAGCUGCUCGAGCUUGCGAAGAAGCUGGAGCUCAACGUCGUCGGCGUGGCCUUCCACGUCGGCUCCGGUGCCUCUGACCCCAAGGCCUUCAUCAAGGCUGUGCAAGACGCCCGCUUCGUCUUCGACCAGGCCGCCGCUCUCGGCUUCACCAUGCACACACUCGAUGUCGGCGGCGGCUUCACAGGCGACGAGUCGUUCGAGCCCAUGGCUGCGGUCCUCUCCGCCUCGCUCGACGAGUACUUCCCGCCCUCGGUCCGCAUCAUCGGCGAGCCAGGCCGCUACUUCGUUUCGACCGCCUUCACGCUGGCCUGCCAUGUGAUCGCACGCCGCACCGUCACCGACGCCACGCUCGGCACGACGUCCUACAUGCUGUAUAUGAACGACGGUGUCUACGGCAAUUUCAGUAGCAUCAUCUUCGACCACCAGCACCCGGUGCCGCGCGUGCUCAAGAACGGCAAGGACAUCAUGUACGACGUACGGCGCUCGGGCUACGACACGCCGUCCAUGAUCGAGUACUCCAUCUGGGGCCCCACCUGCGACGGCAUCGACGUCAUCUCGUCGAGCUGCUCGUUCCCCGAGGUCCUGAAUGUCAAUGACUGGCUGUACUUUGAGGAUAUGGGCGCGUACACCAAGUGUUCUGCUACCCGCUUCAAUGGGUUCACGAACGACCACGAUACGGUGUAUGUCUGCAGCGAGCCGGGUGCUAGUGCUCUGCUUGGUCUUUGAUCCGGAGGUGGAGGUCGAGCGAUGGGGUUGUUUUUCGUUGGACAUGUGUAGAUGGAGGAUGGAAUGCGGAUAGUCGUAAUGUAGUGUAGCAUCCGCUACUUUGUGCAUAUGUAUAUGACUUUAGCCAGCCUGCGCAUACGCACUACCAAAAGUAUUUGAUAGACGUUUUGUAGAAUUUUUACUGUUGCUGUUCGUACAUAAUACUUCAUCUUGCUGCUUCCUUAUCCCUUUCCUCCAUG